CUUCCAUCACUGCUCAACCGUGUCGAGCCCAAAAGCGCACCAAACAACCUUGCGCCCGUCAACACCAUUUCGCCCCGGAAAUUCGGUCGCAUUGCACAUAUCGAAACGAACGAAGGCUACUUGGCGCGCGCGCUCUACUUCUUGCACUUAGUACGAGCUGCACCGGCAGCACCAACACCGCCAAGAUGGGUUCCGGAGAUCUGAACAUGAAGAAGAGUUGGCAUCCCCAACGAUCGGGGAAUGUCGCUGCGACACAAAAGGCAGAAGCCGAGGCGCUCGCGGAACGCAAAAAGCUGCAGCAACGCCUCCAGGAGAUCGAGGAGGAGCGCAAGAAAGAAGAGAUCCAAAAAGCGCUGGAAGCCGCUGGCGGGAAACCCAGGCUGCAGAGGGUAGAAUGGAUGUACUCUGGUCCGACUGAUGGCCAGGCCGGCGAUGCCGCUGAGAAUGAAGCUUACCUCCUUGGCAAGCGCCGGAUCGACAAGCUGCUCCAGGACAACGAGGUCAAGAAGCUGCAGAAGCAGCCGAGCCAAGACGCCUUCGCUGCAGCGCCGGUUGCGGCCGUCGCCAACGCGCGGGAUGUCGCGGCAAAGAUCAGGGAGGACCCAUUGCUUGCGAUCAAGCGGCAGGAGCAGGAGGCAUACGAGGCGAUGAUGAACGAUCCUAUCAAGAGACGACAGCUUCUGGCGUCCAUGGGUAUUGAGGAUACACCAGACAGAGCGAAACGCAAGGAAGAGCGGCGACACAAGCAUCGUCAUUCUCACCACCGAUCACACCGCCAUCACGAUGACGACCGAGAUGGCGAGAGGCAUUCCGGCCGGCGAAGGUCCGACUCGAGGGACAGGUCGAGAAGCCCCAGGAGAUACGACUCGGAUGAGGAGGAUAGGAGGCGGCGGAGGAGAGAUUCCCGAGAGCGGAGGCGGGAUAGGUCUGAGUCCGUGGAUCCUCGGGACAGGCGGGAUCGACGGGAGGGCCGCGAUCGGAGGAGCAGCCGGGACAGGCAAGAGAGAGGCGAGAGGCAUGACAGGCGCGACAGGAGCCGUGAAGACCGAUACAGAGAUGACCGGUCGAGGGAUGAUUCCCGAUCGUUAUCUCCGGCUCCGCGGAGGAAGGAGUACUCCCCGGAUCGCGAUGAUCGGAGACGGAGAUAUCGAUCCAGAUCCCCAGACCGUGACUACGGUAGGAAGAGGGACUAUUCUGUGGAGCGGUCCGAACCAUCAAGGCGGCAAAAGGAAGGCGUCAACGGUUACCGUAACGGCGACUCCUAUCAGUCGCGGAGAAACUACGACGACCGCCGCGACCACGCGCCUCCAAAACACGAUAGGCGUUCCAGCGUCGCCGAUGCAGAGAGGGAGAAGGCCGAGCAGGAAGAGCGAGCCCGCAAGCUCGCAGCCAUGCAGGAGGCAGCGGCUGAUCUCGAAAAGGAUCGCCAGCGACGGCUGGCUCUCAUCGCGGAGCAGGAACGGGCAGCAGAAGAGUCAGAGGAGCGGGCGCGGCAGCGCAACAAGCGGUUUGGCGGCGAUGCGGGCUUCAUGAAUCAGCUUCACAGCAGGGCGGUAGAGCUGAAGGUUGCAGAUCGCGUGGGAAGGCGGUAGGCAGGUUUGCAUGUGAAGGGAUGGGGUGGGCGAGAGGGAGCGCGCGCACACAAAUUGAUGAUACCUAGAAAACGCACGGUGUGGUUGCGGAGCGGCUUCAUCCGGUCUAGGGAGCAUCGGCCGCAGAGCGAGUGUUACGAUGCUGUCAA